ACUGCGGAAACAGACGGGCCCGUGCGAAGGAGGACAGAUCGUGAUCAUACGCAGUUCAUCCGCCAGACGGUGACAUAACCUCGAGGCUGCACUGCCGAGAGCAUUCGCCACUUUCCAAAUUGGAUAUCCCCACGAUGCGUGGAGUGUUUCCAGAGCCUAUAUAUCAUCCUCCAUGAACGAUUGCUCCCUCUGAGCUACCGUCAAACCAUGGCAGACGAAAGGCCAUUAACUGACGACAUCGAAAAGGAGACGGGCAGCAUUCCUGCGCCCGUCGUAUCUUCCCUUCCCUUCAGAUCCCGCCGCGUACUUCCUAGACCAAAGGUCAUCUUGGCUUGUUUCGCGAUUGUGGCCUUGAUACAUUACCUCGGCUGCUGGGUCUGUCAGAUCAACAAGGACAUCUCUGCACAGGAAGGCUUCUGGAUUACGAACGGUUUCUCACAGGACUUUCGCAUUUUGCAACGUGUCCCGCCCCACAGAGCCCCUUUCGGCAAACUCGCUGAGGCGGCAUUCCUAGCGGUCCCGAAUCCAGCCAGUGCUAUUCUCGCAUCUCGACAGUAUGCUACCAAGCCGCAUCUCGCAGGUUCCCCGGGCGACUAUCAGACCGCGAAAGACUUCUUGGAGCUCCUUCAGACUGAGCUGGGCAUCGACACACCUGGGGCUGAGCCCGUGUUCCCAGCAGGGUCUGCCGAGUCGCGGGAGGCGACAUUGUCCAUCACGAAGCGGAAGCACCCGACUGCAUGGAUUGAUGUGUACUAUCCCGUGAUGAACACGCCGCUCGACCGUAGUCUGCAGAUUCUGGAUGACGAUGGGAAGCCGGUCUGGACGGCGGAGCUGGAGGAGGUUGCGGAUGAGACGGAUCCUGAGGCGGGGAAAUACAAGGAUGCUGUGCCGACGUUUCACGGGUACAGCAAAGGCGGGGAGGCGAAGGGUAAGCUUGUAUAUGCGCAUUAUGGGAGAAGGGAGGACUAUGAAGCACUCGUUGAGAUGGGCGUCGACCUCAAAGGCUCUAUUGUGCUUACUCGUUACGGGGGCAUCUUCCGUGGGUUGAAGGUCAAAGGUGCCCAGGAGCUAGGCGCAGCAGCGUGCCUCAUCUACUCUGACCCUCGUGAUGAUGGCACGGUCACGCAAGAGAACGGAUACGACGCGUAUCCUAACGGCCCUGCACGCAACCCAUCCUCAGUCCAGCGAGGCAGCACGCAGUUCCUGUCCAUCUAUCCAGGCGACCCGACCACGCCUGGUUACCCCUCCUACGAGAACAGCACCCGCGAAGACGGGACGAACAUUCCAAGCAUUCCUAGUCUGCCGAUCUCGUGGGCCAAUGCAAAAGUAUUACUCGAAGAAAUCAAAGAAGGCGGACCGCACCGCAACAUCUCAUUGGUCAACCAUGUUGAUGAUAGGGUCAUUCCUAUCUGGAACACGAUGGGUGUCAUUCCUGGACACAUAAGUCAGGAGGUAGUUGUCAUUGGGAACCAUCGCGAUGCGUGGGUGAUGGGUGCAACUGACCCAUCUUCUGGCACUGCCUCCAUCCAUGAGGUGAUCCGCGGCCUGGGCGUGCUUUUGAAGGAAGGCUGGAAGCCUCUCCGUACGAUUGUUAUUGCCAGCUGGGAUGCAGAGGAAUAUGGCUUAAUUGGAAGCACUGAAUGGGGCGAGGAUUUUGCGGACUGGAUUCACGAGCAUGUCGCCACCUAUCUGAACCUUGACUCAUCCGUCUCGGGUUCACGGUUCGAAGUCUCCGGAUCUCCUUCGCUCGCACACUUCCUGCGUGCAGCCGCUGAGGACGUUGCACACCCGACGAAGCUGGGCUUGACGCUCUGGGAUGCGACCAAGGAUAAGGGUCCGUUGUACGGUGACCAUCUUGACGAAGACGCCGUGAAGCUCUAUGAGCAAGUCGAAGAGCAACGGGCAGAAGAUGAGAUCGGUGUGGGUGUCCUUGGCUCCGGAAGCGAUUUCACUGUGUUCCUGCAGCGUAUCGGGGUUGCAAGCGCAAACAGCGACUUCAAGUCUACACUAUCGGAUCCUGUUUACCAUUACCAUUCCGUAUUCGACUCGGAGCGUUGGCAGGAGUUGUAUGCCGACCCCGGGUUCUUACGUCAUGUCGCCAUGGCCAAAUAUCUGGGAUUGCAGACGUUGCGUCUCGCCGAUGCGAUCGUGCUUCCCGUCAACACGACCCAUUAUGCGGUACAGCUUGGUGUAUAUCUUGAUCACGUCGAGGAACUGGCAGCGACUUCGUCAAUUGACGUCGACUUUGCCCCACUGAGAGAGUCGAUCGAGGCGUUGCAUGCUGCUAGUGCGCUGCUCGACGAGGAGAAGAUCGAAGCAGAGCGUGAGCUCAAACGUGUCGCCAGGCAGAUUGCUCGACGUCACUACAUCAAGCACAAAUUGCACAAGGCAUGGUGUAAGCUCAGGAAGCUGUUAGGCAGACCCUGCCACAAACAUCAUGACGACGACGAUGACGACGAUGACGACGGCGAUAAUAACGGCCGUCUCCUCAGGCCCCGCGUGGGUCGUGCUCCCGCCUGGCUGCGUGAGCAGCGGGAGAAGCGCGAGCGCGAGCAAGCGGAAAUUGCGAAACACGCAUGCUAUGUCAAAGAACCUAAGGACAAGAAGGACAAGGAGCUGAAAAAGAGAUUGAAGAAGGCGAUCAAGCGCGUCAAGAAGGUCAACAAGAAGCUGACCCAGUUCGAGCGCGGCUUCAUCCACCCCGAUGGCAUCAAGGAUCGCGAGUGGUACCGCCACUUGGGUGUUGCCCCUGGCAAGUGGCUAGGUUAUGGUGCCACGACGUUACCUGCGUUGACGGAGGCUAUCACAUUUGAAGCCAACGCGACGCUUGCCCAGUAUGAAGUAGAGCGGUUGAAGGGGCUUAUCGACCAUCUUACGCACAAGAUCCGAGUCAAGUCUUGAAAAUUUUGUAAGAUAGUCUAGUGUACCACGUCUCGGUAUUGUAAUUGUAAUGUGCGCCCAAUCUCACACUCUAGUUUCCCAGCCUACGAAGCAAUGUCGUGAAAUUCGUAAAACUCGAACUUUGAGAAUAUAUUCUAAGCAUCGACAUAUAUAGACUCCCGCCUUCUCCCAUGCAAAAACAAAAGAAACUCCGGGUCCGUAGUAUUUGGAUUGGACUUCAUGCGACAAUCAUGUAAAUGUUCGGCCGCCGGCUGCGAUAUUGCCGAAGGACAUGUCCCUCAUCUUUCGAUGGUACUCCAGUAUGAU